AUGGCGAACCCCCUUUCCGUCGCCGGCUCGGCCGUUGCCGUGGUAUCUCUGGGUCUUCGAGUGACCGGGGGGAUCACGGAAUACAUCGACGCUCUUCAUUCCCGUGACCAGUACAUUACAUCGGUUAGACAGAAGAAUGAUACAUUACGAAAGACCCUUCAAGUUGUCGAGGCCUCGCUCUCUCGGCUUCAGUUGCAGGGAGAUCAUCAAGCGGCCGCCCAGGUAGUGCGAGAAUGUCUGGAUACGUCGAUGAAAGAGCUGAAGGCUUUGGAGGAUCUCAUCACGGAACUUACCAUCGGCGAUCCAUCGUUGCCUCGCCGGCAAAGUAAAAUCAAGACUCAGGGCAGAAAGCUGAUGUAUCCGUUCAGUCGUCCAAAACUCGAACAGCUCGGGACGAGACUAGGGCACAUAAACGCGGCACUUCAACUGGCGUUGCAGACUCUAGGCCUUUCCAUAUCACAGUUGAGCACUGAGAAAUUAGUUACGCUUGAGGCAGCCUCUAUUGCCUUGUCUACCGAUCUUCUGACGGUCCAGUCCGAAGUCUCGGCCAUCGGUAACCCCCUCAAGGACAUGCACAAAACUUUAUCCGGAAUUGAGUCACGCUUUGGAAGCCUUGAGAAUUUAUGUAAACGCCUGCUUGAAAGCCCGGCGAUGCCCCGAUCCACGCCAGAGGCCAAUCCGAACAUGAUCACUAGCCGACUUCUUAGCAAGCCCGCGGUUUUGAGAGACAUGUGUGAUGCUUCUGGAGCUCGGGAAUUCUACAAGUCAAAUCAGUCCCCGUCCAUAAUGAAUCAUGGCUCAGCACAAACCAGCAUGGUGUCAAGGUAUCCCGGUGGAAGAUUUUCAUGUGUAUGCCACCACCUACAACACCUACAACGGAACGAUUCUGUCUGGGGCGCUAUCAAUGUGUCCAUUGAGACCAUCACGGAGAAGCAUUUGCCUGGGUGUCCAGCCGGUCGAAUGAUAUUAGACACCAAUCAAAGUCGAAAGAUUAGCUUCACGUACACAGGACUGCGAAAUCUGCUCAACUCGGCUGUCCAGCUUUCGUUUAUGAUGCCCUCGGGUGCAGGAGGUUGGAGUCUCAGUUCUAACAUCGCCGUCUAUCCUAUUGUCGACUCAAGAACUGCUCCGGUCUUCAAAUUAUUGACUAUGGUUGAAACCGCUCAGAGGCAUAUGACGGAUGAGACGAAACUGACAGAAACUUUGUACCCAUCGGUGGUAUCGUCAAUACUGAGGCUGUUUCAAGCCCAGAAGGCAUCCCCUCGAGCAGUUGACGAUGAGAAUAGGUCUCUCGUUCAUUACUUGAUUAAAUGCCCAUUGCCGAGCCAGGCAGAACCCAGUGUAUUUCUUGAACUUCUCCAAUAUCUUCUCGUCAACAAGGCACCAGCAUAUAAUUAUGAUGAUUGGGGCAAUACGCCUAUCGCUACCAUGUUUACGUCUUACUAUUAUUCUGCUGUCACCGAUCCGAUGUACUCUGCUGUUACGGAACUGAUUCUUCGACAUAAUACUGAGGAUGAUGUAGUCUGCAUAUCAGGACCCCCGACUUCACCAGCAGCGGCGACAAUUCUUGAUCGGUCAGGGCGGAAGUAUCGUGCAGAACCCUUCGUAUUAUUGCACCAUUUUCUGUCAAGUUCGACUAAGUUGGCUGAAGCCUAUGGAUGUGGUCCAUUGAGCAUAGCAAUUUUAUCCAACAGCAUGGAACAAGUUGAGUAUUUGGUGAAGAAGCAUCCCGCCACUCUCGCUGAGCGAAAUCUUUUCGGAUACACUCCACUCCAUCUCGCUGCGGACAAACCGCAAUUCUUACGGCUUCUGGCGAAAGCCGCAGAUGCUUUUGUUCUCAACCAAGCGGACAACAAUUCCGGAAUCUCUCCGGUAGAAGCCGCCCUCAUGCUCGGCAGCUUGAAGUGUCAAGAGCAAGAGAAUAGUCCCCGCAUGUGCCGGAGAUGUAGAUGCGCUGAGUGUGCCGUCAUUCUUCUGAAAGCCGAUUGCUCUGUUCCGGUGUCACCAAAAUUGAGUUACGUACUAAGUUGUGCCUCCAAAAGAUGUUGCCUGAAAUAUAUACGACACAUGAAGGCACGGAGAGACAGACUAAAGCGACUAGCUAUUGACAACCUUUCUACAGCGGAAUUAGAGCAGCUAGACCUAUCUGCUGAGCAUGUCCUUGAUUCUCUUGCGCCACGAGCCAUCCAACUCCUGCAGAAUCGGGGUGUCUCUAUCCCUGAGGCCCUCGAGAUCGGUCCUUUGCCAGUAUACCGAAAUUUGAAAAAUUUCCAAUAUGCUGAACUCUUCUUCCGGAUUGGCUUUCAUGACACAGACGCAUGGAUUGACGUUGAAAAGGCAUCACUGGAGAGUAUUCCUCCGCAACUGGAUAGUUUUUCUACACAAGGCCCUUCCUAUCUCCUCUGGCUGGGUGCACAUGGGGCUACGUCUUGCCAAUUCAAGUCCUUCGACUCACCUAAAAACAUCUUCACCGCCCUUUUUCUAUUCUUUGGAAUUGGCCCGAAAAUCAAAAAAGUCUUCUCUUCGUCUUGGAACUUACCCUUGGGCGCACUACCAUUAUCGCUAGAGGCUCGCAAAGACUGGUUUCGCACUGUGAAUUCCGCGGUACUCUCAGCCGACAUCCACGACGAAUGUCGUUGCCUAUGCUCCCCUGCGGGUUGUACCCCUAUAACAUCUCUUUUAAAAAGCGCUGUUGAACCCGCAUCUUGGAAAUAUAAUUUCGGAAAUUCGGGGGGAGCUAUUGUGGAGGAAAUCACGCAGAGACCAUCCAUUUCAGGAAUGAUUAGUUCUUUUAUUCAUUAUCUAGAAGAUUUUUGGGUCCACUUCGAGGUCAGGCAUUACACCGAAGCUCUCAGGUAUCUGACCUUUGAGAUCCUGGGGAUCCCGCAUUGCUGCUGUCAGGCUACGGCUCCGGUGUGCGAUUCGCCAGACGAAAUAGAAGAUAAACACGGGUAUGAACUGGCGCUGUUGGAAGAGCUCAUGCACGAGUUUGGUGGAAAGCUCACCAACGUCCUUCAACAUCCGAGCCUAAGCAUUGAUCAUAUAAUCAAGUUCUGGACACAUACCUUUGUCGAUCGAAUGGUUGAGGUUCUGGAUAAGCUUGAAGGAGACAAUUUAACAGUCGACGAGAAACGGGAAGCUGAAGAGAUCGGGGUAGUCUGGAAGGCAUUGGGACCUGAACCCCCGGAGCCCCCCACUCCUGAAAUUCUGGACAACCCAUACGAUAAGAGCACCAUAGAUCACUGGAUGUAUGAGGUGUAUAAGAUUGAGGCAGCAUGUUGA